AUGGCAUCCAACGAGAGCAGCCUCGCAGCCGGAACCCUCUUCAACGUCGACGGCCUAGUGGCCUUGAUCACCGGCGGAGGGUCAGGUAUCGGUCUGAUGAUCACCAAGGCCCUUGUCCAGAACGGCGCCGCCAGGGUAUACAUCGCCGGGCGCCGCCGUGAGGUGCUCGAGCAAGCCGCAUCAUCGCUGGGUCCCAACGUGGUGCCCCUGACGUGCGACGUGACGAACAAGAACAGCCUGCGCGAGGCGGCCGAGACAGUCAGAGAGCAGACGGGCUACCUGAACCUCUUGGUGGCCAACUCGGGCGUCAGCGGCCCGCAUGCAAAGCCCAUCGCGGCGGACACGACCAUCGAGGACUUCGCCGCCCGAAACUUCGACAUUGGCUUUGACGACUACGUCGGCACCUUUGCAGUCAACACGGCCGCGGUCUGGUUCACCGCCAUGGCCUUCCUCCCCCUCCUCGACGCGGGCAACAGGAAGGGAAACCUGCAGCAGACGUCGCACGUCAUCGUCACCAGCUCCGUCGCCGGCUACAACAAGAAGCCUACCGGCGGUUGGGCCUACGGCCAGUCCAAGGCUGCAGUCACCAUGCUCACCAAGCAGCUCUCUGUUGCCCUGCCGCAGUGGAACAUUCGCAUCAAUGCCAUUGCACCCGGUUUCUUCCCCAGCGACAUGUCGGCGUCGGUGCUUUCGGCUAAUGGUGCCAAGGUGGACGAUAUGCCCAAGUCCGCGGUCCCCCUGGGCCGCAUGGGCGAUGAGAAGGACAUGAGUGGAACGGCUCUGUACCUGGCUUCACGAGCUGGUGCUUACGUCAACGGCGAUGUCUUGCUCGUCGACGGUGGACGUCUCGGCCUUUUCCCAUCUGUCUUCUGA